UUGGACAGGGUGGGGAACGAGUUGAGGGUUACAUACAGAGCGGUAGUGAGAGGCACUUCCUUUUCCUGCAAGAGCCGCCGGGGUGAGAGGAGCGUGGCCCUCUCCUCUCUCCGCCAUGGCGUGUGCUCGUCCACUGAUAUCUGUGUACUCUGAAAAGGGGGAGUCAUCUGGCAAAAAUGUCACUUUGCCUGCUGUGUUCAAGGCUCCCAUUCGACCAGAUAUUGUGAAUUUUGUUCAUACCAACUUGCGCAAAAACAACAGACAGCCCUAUGCUGUCAGUGAAUUAGCAGGUCACCAAACCAGUGCUGAGUCUUGGGGUACUGGCAGAGCUGUGGCUCGAAUUCCCAGAGUUAGAGGUGGUGGGACUCACCGUUCUGGCCAGGGUGCUUUUGGAAAUAUGUGUCGGGGGGGACGCAUGUUUGCCCCAACCAAAACCUGGCGCCGUUGGCAUCGCAGAGUGAACACAACACAGAAGCGGUACGCCAUCUGCUCUGCCCUGGCUGCCUCAGCCUUACCAGCACUGGUCAUGUCUAAAGGUCAUCGUAUUGAGGAAGUUCCUGAACUUCCUUUGGUGGUUGAAGAUAAAGUUGAAGGCUACAAGAAGACCAAAGAGGCUGUUUUGCUCCUUAAGAAACUUAAGGCUUGGAAUGAUAUAAAAAAGGUUUAUGCCUCUCAGCGAAUGAGAGCUGGCAAGGGCAAAAUGAGAAACCGUCGUCGUAUCCAGCGCAGGGGUCCCUGUAUUAUCUACAAUGAGGACAAUGGGAUCAUCAAGGCCUUCAGAAACAUCCCUGGAAUUACUCUGCUUAAUGUAAGCAAACUGAACAUUCUGAAACUUGCUCCUGGUGGGCAUGUAGGACGUUUCUGCAUUUGGACUGAAAGUGCUUUCCGCAAGCUAGAUGAUCUGUACGGCACUUGGCGUAAAGCUGCCUCCCUCAAGAGUAACUACAACCUUCCCAUGCACAAGAUGCUCAAUACAGACCUUAGCAGAAUCUUGAAAAGCCCAGAGAUCCAAAGAGCCCUCCGAGCACCACGCAAGAAGAUUCAUCGCAGAGUCCUGAAGAAGAAUCCACUGAAAAAUCUGAGAAUUAUGUUGAAACUAAACCCAUAUGCAAAGACCAUGCGCCGGAACACCAUCCUUCGCCAGGCCAGGAAUCACAAACUCCGUUUGGAUAAGGCAGCAGCAGCACUAGAAGCCAAAUCAGGAGAGAAGAGGGUUCCAGGCAAGAAGAAGCCUGUAGUAGUGAAGAAGGGAAAGAAGGCUGCUGCUGUUAAGAAGCAGAAGAAGCCUUCGGUGGGAAAAAAGGCUGCAGCAACCAAGAAACCAGCAACUGAGAAGAAGCCUCCUGAAAAGAAACACACCACAGAAGAAAAGAAGCCUGCUGCCUAAUUUAAAUUUGUUUAUUCCAUAAAGGUCAAAUCGUGUUGGACAGCUAAUUUUGAAUAAAGACCUGUUCAAAGAA